GUGCACAGCAGCCGCGUUAAAAGAGCCUCUGAGUGGACAGUCAGCCUGAGAGGAGAGACCCGGGGUGGAAGACAGUGAAGCCGUCCUCCUCGGUACAUCAGCCACUGUACCACAAUGUCCAAACCGAAGUUUCAGACGGAGUGGGAGGAAAUUGACGAGGAAUAUCAACAAUUACAGGAAACUCACAAAAUAUACAGACAAAAACUUGAGGAGCUCACCAAUCUUCAGGCAACAUGCAGCAGCGCCAUCAGCAAACAGAGAAAAUGUCUUAAAGACUUAAGGCUCAGCUUGACCAAGUGUUCACAAACAUGCGACGAGAAAGAAUUGAAACUAAUAACGGACAUCAAAUCACAAAUCAAAGAAAAAGAAAACGUGUUCUUUGAUAUGGAAGCAUAUUUGCCAAAGAAAAACGGGCUGUACCUGAGUUUGGUUCUGGGAAAUGUGAACGUAACGCUUCUCAGCAACCAGGCAAAAUUUGCCUAUAAAGAUGAGUAUGAGAAGUUCAAGCUUUAUAUGACAAUAAUCCUGAUGUUUGGAGCAAUAACCUGCCUCUUCUUUCUCAACUGUCGAGUCACUGAUGAAAUCUUCAACUUUUUGCUGGUGUGGUACUACUGCACUUUGACCAUAAGGGAAAGCAUCCUCAUGAGUAAUGGCUCCAGGAUCAAAGGUUGGUGGGUCUCUCACCAUUAUGUAUCGACCUUCCUGUCAGGUGUGAUGCUCACCUGGCCGGAGGGGCCCAUGUAUCAGAUGUUCAGAAGUCAGUUUCUUGCUUUCUCCAUCUAUCAGAGCUUUGUUCAGUUCCUCCAGUAUUAUUACCAGAGCGGCUGCUUAUACAGGCUGCGAGCUCUGGGAGAGAGGAAUCAGCUGGACCUCACAGUGGAGGGAUUUCAGUCCUGGAUGUGGAGAGGCCUCACUUUUCUUUUGCCAUUCCUCUUUUUUGGCCACUUUUGGCAGCUGUACAACUCAGUGACCCUGUUUCGCUUGGGAAGGCAUGAGGACUGUAAGGAGUGGCAGGUAUUUAUGCUGGCACUGACAUUUCUCGUCCUGUUCCUUGGAAAUUUUCUCACCACCUUAAAAGUCGUCCACCAAAAAGUUCAGAAAAACCAGGAGAAGGUGCAGAAAAAUGACUGACACGGUAACACCUCAGAUUCUUACGAGCGGCCAGUAAUUUUGAAGCAACACGCACAAUCGCUUGUUAGACUGACCACAGUGCGGUCAGGCCGGGAGCAGACGGAUCUGAAACCACCGUUUCUCUCAGGCUUUGAUGGCAGCAGCAGCGUCUAGCCAAAGUAUCUGGCCAACAGGCUUCUGCUUUCCAGUGACUCGUCGUCGAUGUUGCUGCACAGUCGGUCACAACACAAAGCGGUGUUCACCUGAUAGAUGAGCAGUUUGUCGCUUUAUCCUGUACAUAAAAAGUGAGUGGGAAGAAUGUGUUUUUAUUUGGGUGUUUGUGUCAGCGCAUGAAUCCGUCAGAGAGCCUUUUGUUCAAAUCAUAUGCAACUAAAAGAGGGCAGGUAGCAUCGGUCGACAGAACAGAAUAUAGUUUGCCUUUGAAGACCAAACGUCUGUCUCGUACUUCAUACUUCUGUGAAGUAGCUCCAGUCGAACUCUCUCUGGCUUGAACAAAAUUGGACAACUUCAGCGCUUCAGUUCUUGAAUUAUAAAACCUUUUAUGUGUAGUUCCAAACUCCCUGUUUUGCUAUUUCACUGCUAACCAGUAUUUUUUACUUUUAAUGACAAAUGUAGGUCAAAAACUUGACACAAAAACCUGAUACUUGACUGCCCUUCAGUUUCAGAAAAACCCUCUGGUGUCUUUUUUUCGGAGUCAAUGGCGGCUCUGCUUUUUGUUUCUCCAAACCGUAAGGACUACAAGGGAAUGCGACCCUGUUUUUCCCUAUUGGCAGUGAUUACAAAAGCCAUAACUGUUUUUUUUUAACGAUCUAACGCCUAAACUUGUUUAUCUGGCUAAGUCACAUGAACACAGACAUAAAAACUUGUACUGUCUCUACAGGAACGGUUGUUCCCGGUGAGGAUUUACGGAGGUUUUCAUGUGAAGUCCCUCGCAGUCACAUGUUUAUGUUCUCAUUUACAUGCAACCACAUUUACUUACAUCGGUGUAUCCUGUUUUACUAAUGGUCUAAAUCUUGCUUUAGCAGUAUUAAAGAGAGUUCAAAUUCAGUUUAACACUUGAAGUCCGCGCACAGAGAUUUAUUAUCACUGUACUGAAACAGAUAACAUGCUGGUAGUUUCAUUUUGUUAUGUGAUGUUAUAAAUAUAUAUAAUGGUCAAAUGCUGCUAUUAGUAACAGUACUGUAUGACUAAGACACAUAAUGAUGAUUAAAAAUUAGCUGGAUUAUUGUUUUUCUAAUUCCGAUUAACUAAAUCAAAUUAGUAUUCAUUUAUAGUCAGAUCUCGAGCUUUUGCCCUUGUUCACUGUAAUCAGGGAUGGGAAUCACAUCUUACUGAUAACAAUACUGAUAACUGAUAACAGCACCCAAUAAUGUAAUCAUUUCCCGAAAAUGUAAUAACACCUGGAAAUGUAAUGAGAUUUGUAUUUUACGUGGUUGAAAAUGUAAUAAAACCCCAAUAAUGUAAUAACUUGACCAAUUAUGUAAUAAAAUGUCCUGACUCAUAUCGUUAUAACAUUUUUAACUGACAGUGUCGUAUCUUAUUACAUUAUUGGGAAUUUAUAACAUUUCAGCCGAGGCAAAGAAAACAUUUCCAUGUCCAUUUCAAUUUUCAAUGAAUAUGUAUUGCGGCUUGUGUAACGUUGGCCAUCUUCUGCAGCUUUUGUCAUUUUCUGAUUUAAGAUCCACUUUGGUCUAAUGGACAAACCUUUCCACAGCGACUAAUCAGCACGGGUAUGGGUGGGUUCAGAUACCACUGAAAGGGAUUUUGAUUUAAUGCAUCUUUGACUGAUAAAAAUGCACUACCUGCAAUCUAAAUGUAAUUUUUUUUCCAAGUUAAUAUUUUAUUGGGUUUUCAUGUUCAGGAUGGUGUCCUUUAAAUUUCAAAUUUUACGCAAAGCUAGAGUUUAUGUUUUCCAAAUAAAUCAUUGCUAACAUAACACUAACUGUAUUAGCAAUGUUGUAUAUUUGCAUACUUAACAAGAUGACAAAAACAUACUUUUUUGUGUUAUUGCAAUAUUUGUUACAUUAGUGGUACAAAUAUUAUUAAAAAAUCAGUGAGGACAUUUUAUUACAUUAUUGUUUAAGAUAGUACAUAAUUGGGUUUUAUUACAUUUGUCAUCAGAUUAAGUGCAAAUGUUAUCACAUUUUUGGGCUUUAUUACAUUUUCAGUAAAUCAUUACAUUGUAGGGUGCCGCACCAAUGCCAUUGUAGACUGUACUUGUCGGUACGAUUCUUUAUCGAUCAGUUUUCUGUGUGGACAAAAAUGUUUCAGCAUGUUGCUGGUGAUUCCAACCUUAUUUGAAAUUAUAAUUUUAGAAUUCAUCUCGCAUUGACACUGCUGACAUCUCUCCUUGUGAAAAGAGGCUUGAUGCAGGUUUUUGUCAGCAUGGAGGCUUGAGUUUGACAUCACUUUUUUUGCAGUCGGUGCGUUUACAUGGACAUGAAUUAACCCGUUGGGUUGGGUCUUUGGAGUAUUCCUUUUAUGUGUUUAAGUAUGUAAACAGCAUACUCCAUUUAUGAGAAACCUAAACAUGCUUGCCGGAGAACUCUGAAAGAAACUGGGGUGCAUACGUGCAAUGUGAAUAACCUCAUUUCUUUGUGGUCAUGUAAAUGCAACAUCCAGAAUAUGAUCAUAACUUGUAAACGGGUUAUUCAUAUCCGUGUAAUUGCAAUAAUAAGUGUAGAAGCUUCUGAUUCAAAUUUCAAACUGGUUUUCGAUUCCCAUCCCUAACUUUAGUGUCAUAUACAUCCUGUUUCAUGCUUUGAAAGUAGGGCCUUUUUAUUUUUUCAAGAAAAGUUCACAUGGGUUCAGACAAACAGCUGUAGUAGUUGUGUCCGGUCUCUAAUGCCUUAUUCUCCCUCCAGCCUGUCACAGCAAAAAAAGUCCUUUUAUUUUGAAAUAUCCAAAGAUGGUAGCGUUUUUUAUGUCAUGUCCCAGAAAGCAAUCGUGCCGAAAGAGAAUCACAAUAUCUAUGUAUCACUUUUAUUGAGGGAAGACCGAAGCAUGUCGGGUUACAGACCAAAAUGUUACACUUGAGAGCUGCCAGAAUGCACAAAACAACUUGAUUUCCUCAUUUUUACGAUGUAGCUGAUGUUAAACAAUGUUUUCAUUGUUCAUUUGGUGACUGUAACUGGUGCCUGAGAAUGAUCAGUAACGAGACAGUUGACAGUUUCUCAAUCUGUGUACAUUGUUGUAAAAAAAUAUAUAUUAAUAAUUAAACACCUCAUUAAAAAUGAAUGCUAUUUCUGCAUUUAUUGUGCAAUUGGGCAGAAAAUAGAUUUAUUUAUUCCAGUGUUCCUUCAGUUUACUGUGUGACUAAAGUGGAAAUCCCUAAAUUGUGCAGCCACUGCAAACAUUCACUUUUUCCAACACUAGUGGGUGCUGUUAGUAAAGACAAGAGCCCCCUGCUUGAAGUUGACAAUGCCCCAAAACAAAUUCUAGGUCAGUGUUUUGUUUUACUGGAAAUGAAGAACCCUGUUACUCAAGACUUUUAAAGCUACAGUACCAUGAUAUAUUGAAUUUCACCAACUAUUAUGUUUGGGGAAUAUGUUUUCUACCAGCAGCUUUCACAGCAGAUUCAGACAUUUAAACUGGCAGCACUAAAACCUUUUGGAAAGUCUGGGUUUACAAAAAAAUAACAGUUUAAAUUCCUACAAUAGAUAUACAUUCAACAAAACACAGAUUUAGAUAUGACACAUAGUCUUCUAUCAGUAAAAAAUUACUAAAAAAAUAUUGUACAAAAGUUAAAACACAUUGACAGAAGGCACUUUAAACUGCACACAACUGUGCUGCUUCUUGCAAAAUCGUCCUUCCUGUUACGUCAUUAGACAUUUCUUGUGACAGUAAAGGCCUGUUCAGUAACUGGGACUGAUGAGUCCUCUCUCAGUGGUCAUACAGCUGUCUCCACAUUUGUCCAGGACACCAACCAUCUUUGCUCU